UCUAAUUCCCCAUUUCGCUCUCUUCACUUUGCCUACCCCUUUAGUCAUUUCUCUUUUAUCGACAAAAAUAACUAUGUGAUUUCCCAUCAAAAUGAAGACAGCUAACCGAAAGGAAACAAAGAAAGAAAGGCAAACGUGCGGCACAGGGACCGUUAAGUAGCCGGCGCCAAAUAUUCCAUGGUUUCCAUCGGUUUCUUCCUUAAAAACCCACCUUAUUCUCCUUCUUUCCUUUUAAAACCCAACCCCACUCUUCUUCCUUCCUCUCUGUUUUCCCUCACUCUUCACUCUCACCUCUUCUACUCCUUUUAACCCUUGGGUCCUUUUCAACAACGCUCACUUAUCAAACACAAAAGCAUGGGCGAAAGUGGCUUCUCUUCUCCUCGACACGACGCUUUUCCUGCCGGCCUCCGUGUUCUCGUCGUCGAUGACGAUCCUACGUGGUUGAAGAUCCUUGAAAAGAUGCUCAAAAAGUGUUCCUAUGAAGUAACUACAUGUUGUCUUGCACGAGAAGCUCUGAACUUGCUUCGUGAAAGGAAGGAUAGCUAUGACAUUGUAAUCAGUGAUGUUAACAUGCCUGACAUGGACGGGUUUAAACUUCUAGAACAUGUGGGACUGGAAAUGGACUUACCUGUCAUCAUGAUGUCUGUUGAUGGGGAAACAAGCCGAGUCAUGAAAGGCGUCCAACAUGGCGCUUGUGAUUACCUUCUAAAGCCUAUAAGAAUGAAAGAGCUUCGCAAUAUAUGGCAGCAUGUGUUCAGAAAGAAGAUACAUGAAGUGAAAGACAUUGAAAGUCUGGAAGGCAUUGAAGGUCUUCAGAUGACAAGAAGUGGCUCAGAUCUGGUUGACGAUGGGCCCUUGCUCAGUGGAGAAGAUAUGAACUCUGCUAGAAAAAGAAAAGAUGCUGAAAACAAGCAUGAUGAUAAAGACCUCAGUGAUCCUUCUUCUACAAAGAAAGCUAGAGUUGUUUGGACUGUAGACCUUCACCAAAAAUUUGUCAAAGCCGUAAAUCAGAUUGGAUUUGAUAAAGUUGGUCCUAAAAAGAUACUUGACUUGAUGAAUGUACCAUGGUUGACAAGAGAAAAUGUUGCCAGCCACUUGCAGAAGUACCGCCUCUAUUUGAGUAGGUUGCAGAAAGACAGUGAUGUCAAAAAUUCAUUUCUUGGAAUGAAGCAUUCAGAUCCACCUUCGAAAGAUUCUACUGCCAGUUUUGGUAUCCAUAGCUCAAUGAGCAUGAUACAAGAUGAUGUUUCAAAUAGCACCUAUAAUUUUUCUGUUAAUAACUCACUUGUUCAGAAUGUGGAUCUCAAUCAUGAAGGUGAUAAAAAAGGAAUUACUUCAGCGCCUGUGGCAGAGGCCAAAGGAGCUUUGUCUUUAGAUAUUCCUGAUCCACGUAAAGCCCAGAGUUCACAGAUAAGCUUUGAUCAUUCCCUUGGAUCAGUUGAUUCAGGUCUUAAGUUUGCAUUAUUCAAUUCUACCAACCAGACACAGUACUCCUGGAGUGAAAUUUCUGAAAUUCAGUUCAAACAAGAGUGUGAACCGUUGCAAUUAGAGAAUGGCUUCAGCCAACUACCACUGCCUGGCUCACAGCAUCAAGUCCAGACUGAAUAUUUACAGCCUGCUGCAUCCAUUAGCUCUGGACCUUCCAUAACUGAAAAAGAGGUUAGUAGCAAGCCUUUGUAUGAUGAAUAUAGAAGCAAUCAUGUCAAACAUUUAAGUCCAACAGAAGCAGUUGACUUGUUUCCUGUUCCAAGCAAAAACCAAACACUAAAUAAUCAAGUUUUCAACCCCAUUUCUGCUACUAUGUCAAGCACGAAAAAUCAGGGCAUAAGUCUGAAUGACGUGGAAUUUGCACAGAGAAACCUGAAUGGGGGAGUAGGAGUACCUUAUGCAUCUUUGAGUGAGGACUUACAGUUCUGUUGGCUUCAAGGUGAUUAUUAUGCUAUGAAUAUUGGGCUCCAGGAUUUUGAGUGUAUUGAGUAUAACGAUCCACCACUCAUUGCUGAAAUUCCAUUCCUCUUGUAUGAUGCACCAAGGUUUGACCACGAGCAUCUGUUUGACCCUACUGAAUAUGCUGCAAUAGAUCAAGGGUUGUUUGCUUAGCAUGAAGUUGUUCUUGCAGUGCAUCCUUGGUGAAGAAAGGAUCUUUUGGUAUAUUAGGUAAUAUCUAUAAGUGGAGUACUUCAUUUAUAUGGAUGGGGAUGUCAUUUUCCCAAUCAGUUUGGACUUGGAUGUUGAAACAUGUAUAAUAUGGGUGGUGAUAAAACGUUGACCAUAAUAAUUUUGCUGCUACGAGUUUUCUAACUUGGGACAUGCAUCUUUCAGUGCUGCAUAAAUAUGCAUGUAUGCAAGCCACAUGUGAACUUGAGUGCAAGAAUGGAUUUAAUCUCC